GCUCGCCCUGCGCUGGGUCCGCGGAGUUCUCCCGGCGCGUUCGGAAAUGACCUAACCGGAGAGGCUGGGUCAGGCUGGAUGCUCGCUACAGCCCCGGGCCGGCCGGGGAGCCUACCGUGUCCUUGCUGAUGCGGCGUCCGCGGACGGCGGGGAGAUAGGGACGGCCUCGCCCGGCAGGUUCCCUCCUGGGAAUAAGGGUGUAUCAGAAGUUUGGAAUUGUGCUGAGCUCUGUGCUUUGAGGCAGAUGGAGUGUGACUUCGGCUUGGGCAGAGCUUCCAGAAUGAGGUGGAAUUCCAGUACUGCCAACUAAUAACCCUGUCUCCUGGCUGCUGCUGGAGUUAAACUGGGCAGUCAUGGGUGAGCCAGGCCGAGAAGAAUAUGAAAUACAUUCCUUUGAUGCCGAGACCCAGAGGUUAUUGAAAACUGCCCUCAAAGAACCUGGUGCUGUGGAUUUGGAGAAAGUGGCCAAUGUGAUUGUGGACCAAUCCCUGAAAGACUGUAUGUUCAGCAAGGAAGCCGGACGAAUUUGCUACACCAUCAUUCAGGCAGAGAGCAAGCAAGCCAGCCAGAGCGUCUUCCGUCGGGGCCUCCUCAACCGGCUGCAGCAGGAGUACCAGGCCCGGGAGCAGCUCCGAGCUCGAUCCCUGCAGGGCUGGGUCUGCUAUGUCACCUUCAUCUGCAACAUCUUUGACUACCUGAGGGUAAACAACAUGCCCAUGAUGGCUUUGGUCAACCCUGUCUAUGAUUGCCUUUUUCGACUGGCACAGCCUGAUAGCCUACACAAGGAGGAGGAGGUGGACUGCCUGGUGUUACAACUACACCGAAUUGGAGAACAGCUAGAGAAAAUGAAUGGACAGAGGAUGGAUGAACUGUUUGGUCUGCUACGGGACGGCUUCCUGCUCCAGGAUGGGCUCAGCUCCCUGUCCCAGCUCUUGCUGUUGGAGCUUAUUGAAUUCCGGGCUGCUGGCUGGAGGACCACACCUGCUGCCCAAAAAUAUUAUUACAGUGAGGUUUCAGACUAGGUUAGCCCAGCCUCAGGGCCCACUCACCAGCACCUUCCAGAAGGCUUAUACACAUAUUACUUUCACCAAGACUAAGUCCCAGGCUCAGGUCCAUACAUCUGAACUUGUAUCCCCAGCGUUUUCUUUCUUUUGAGCUGUCUACUACUACAGGGUCUCCCCAACUCCAAGUUUUGGGCUUCCCAUAGUCCUGCCCUUAGCAACUUUCUUCCUGUCAAGCACUUCUGACCUUUUAACUCAUCCAAAGAGGUGAGGGGAGGUAGCAUACUGCUUUACUCUAUUGUACUUCAACUUUAGAGAAACAUAGUUGUAAGAGCUAAAAAGAACCUCAGAAAAUAAGCUCAACCUCCUUGUUUUAUAGAUAAGAAAACUGGGGCUCAGAGAAUUUAAUUUGCCCAUGGUUCACACAGGUAAUAUAAAUGUUUGAAACAGCAUUCAAACCCAAGUCUUCCCAAUUAUAAUUCCAAUGCACUAUCUAUAACACCCUAGUGCCUCAACUAAAUGAGAGAACAUGACUCCUGACUUUCAGCCCAUUUCCUUCCUGCCCCCCCAAUAUGGAAUUGGGUAGUGAAGGACAACCCACCAUCCUUGCACUAUACAACCAUCAGUGCAUCUUCUCUCUUGAUGCCUCAGCUUCCUGAUAUGUAAAAUGAACAAUUCAGUGGUCAGGAGGAUGCUUUGAAAUCUUCAAAAGGCAAAACAUCGAAGGGAGAAUAUAAGUCCAAUAACAGAACUGAAGCCUGGUUUUUGAACUUCCUGUAUGAAAGGGAUGCUUCCAAAGCCAAGAGGCUGUGUCAGGUAAAGAAGCCAAGGCUCCAGAGCACAAGUAGUGCUAGAAACUGGCUUUAUUGUUUUUUUUUUGUUUGUUUUUUUAAAAUAAUUUUUGUAUAAAAAUGACUUGGGGAACAAGGGUAUUUUAUCCAGACGAGUUUUAAUGAGCUGCUGACCAAAACACUGGUUCAGCGUGGGAUUUAAAAAUAUAUAUAUAUCAUAUAUAUAAUUUAUUAUGAACCAGUGUAGACUUUUCUAGUAAACCUUUUCUAAAGUGAA